CCAACAAAAAAUGACACUGAAAUAUUUUAUCCUGAAGUUUACCAAAUUUAAAAAGCAUUUUAAUAAGUUCAGAAUUUAAAGAAGACAAUAAUAUAAUGCCCUGUGUUACAAAAUGCAACAAACAGAGGUGUGACCUCUGUGAUUAUUUAAUAGAAGGAUCUUCUUUAAAACUUCAGGAUAAAAUAUUUCAUACAAAAGAACAUAUGGACUGUACUGAAACAUUGAACAUAUUUUAUAUGUUAUAGUUUGCAAAGGCUGCAAAGAAUUUUACAUAGGCUAAACAAAAUUGUUUAUGAUUAAUGAUAUACCUAAAUUCUUAUACAUAAGUAAUGGUUGAAAAUAAACAGGGAAUAUUUCCAUGCAAGGUGUUUCCUAAACGCCAUUUUUCUGGACUUAUGACUGGCAGUAUAAAGUGUCGUCCACAUAAGAUAUAUAGACGUAAAGAGCAAUGGGGAGCAUUGUUAUCUGUUAGAUAUGCAAGCACUGAUCCAGCUAACAUGCCUCCAGGAUAUAUACCAGAUAUUCCUUUAGGACCUAUAGAUGACAUUAAAACUGUUUUACCAGAAUUAAAUGCACUUGGGGAGCCAACAUUACAAAGUAUUGGCCUGGGUGGUAAUAAUCCUUCUGGAUUGAUACAACAACUGUUGGAGAUGGUACAUGUGUCAUUAGAUGUACCUUGGUGGGCUUCUGUUGUUAUUUGUAAGUAAAGUAGCAUUUUUAUAUCAUUCUGU